CUGUGGCAAAACUAGGGAAUACGUGUUUGGCAGCUGUGCAAGCUUAUGAUAAGGCAACUGAAAGUAUAGAAACGUUAAAUGCUGCAGAGUUGAAAUUCCAAGAUAUAAUAAAUUCUCCGUCAGUGGAUGCGGCUUGCAAGAAAAUAGAUGAUCUGGCCCAGAAAAAUCAACUUGAUUCAGCAUUAGUGCUCAUGAUUACAAAAGCAUGGUCAGCAGCCAAGGAGUCGGACAUGACAAAAGAUGAGGUAAAGGAUGUCCUUUAUCACUUGUAUACGACAGCAAGAGGAAAUCUUCAGAGGCUUAUGCCAAAAGAAAUCAGAAUUCUGAAAUAUCUACUCACAAUUGAGGAUCCUGAGGAACGACUGUGCACUUUGAAAGACGCCUUCACACCGGGGGAAGAACUUGAAGGGAAAGAUGUAAAUUGCUUAUACACAAUUUCUCGCAGCAUUUGUGACGUAUCUUUAACCCGUUGCCUUGACGUCGAAGCACUUCUAUCAGAUGAGGGCGCAGGAGACCAUUUCCUCCUCUUUUUUUCCUCCACAAAAACCAUCACAUUGAACUUCACUCAUUUGGCAGUUCUCUGCUGUCUUCUUGGCGUAGGUGAGACCUUCUGUGUGGCGGACGAUAGCCUAUCUUUGGCGUCUAUGCCAGGAGACGGGGGAAGAGCUCCCCCUGGCUCGACUGAUGAACCUUUAUUCCCCCAAGAUUUUCCAUGGGAGAAUGAUAAACUUCAACAAACGUGGUCACCAUGCUUUGCUCACCAGCAUGGAUGA